AAAAUUGUGUUGACGCAAGUUGCUUUUACAUUGAAUAAAGAAAUAUUUUGGCAAAUUGGGUGCAAGCCAUAACCUCUCGGACAUCAAAAAGAUUGAAAAUAAAAUAAAGAAACACUUAAAAAUACAUUUAUUGUUUGUUGUUUUAUUUAGUUUUUUUUUCAUGACAACUUUUUACCUCUUAUAUGCAUUUUUUACAGAAUUUUCUUCUUUUUUUUCAACUCUUAGAAACUGGACAAGUGCGGCAACCACUAAUACGGAAGCGGGGAAGGCCUCGUAAGACUGAUUUAAAUUCGCAGCAACCUAAAAUGAAAGAUAAAAUUGAAGAAUGUGUCAAUAAUCAUCCUGGCGAGCCCGCUGUUUAUGCUUCCACUACGAAGGGAACCGUCAAAUUAAUAUAUGAAGGACACCACUUUCGGUAUUCGUUCCGCAAGGGCAAAUAUUCAAUAUUUCAAUGCUGUUAUAAGGAGAACAAAGAGGAUUGUAAAGUACGCGUAGUUACUGAUCAUAAGCGUGUCUACCCUCUGGAUGGCGAACAUGUGCACUUCGUACAAGCUACUGAUAAAAGUGUUACGGCUGUCAAAUUCUCAACAGGUGAAGAAAAUCUUCAGGGAAUGAAUGUUAUAACAAUGGCUUCAGCACCCGAAGUUGAAGAAAUUUCAGAACCCGAUUCACAACAUAUUGUAAGUUUAGAUGAACAAUUUCCCGAAUUUGCCCAUUCGGCAGGAGACUUAAAUGCGGACGUAAAAUUGGAAACUGCACGCUCGGAAACUCCAACGGAAUACAGCAACAUAUCGAAAGUGGAAGUUGCACCUACAGCGGCGGAGAUAAAAACGACAUCUGGCGAAGAAGCCAAUGAUUUUCGUGAAAAGAUUAAAAAACGUCUCCAAAAAGCUUUAUUAGGCAAAAAAAAAUGAAUUAUUUUUAUACUUUUAUCAUUUAUAGAAACUUAUACUGAAUUUCAAUAAUGGUUUUUAAGCAAAUUCGCAUUUACUUGGCAAUAAAAAUAUGUAAUCGAACAUUUUCUUUAGACUUAGAACUUAGCCAUACCGGAA